AUGGCGCUCGCGUUGCAAAUCCCAGUUCCUCUUCUGCUUAACGAGCAUCCACAGUCCGUCAGCUUGGAUCUCAAAGUCAAGAAUAUUGUUGAUUUCUUUCGACGAAACUGGAAAAAUGAUCAUAGGAUACGAAUGGAAUCCGUGUUCUCUGGGAAUUCCCCGCCAUAUAAUGAAUUUGGAUUCGCAGCUCCCGAGUUGAAUGCGAAGAUUGAAUUCUCUCAGGAUCUUGAAUUUAACCACCUUGUUGACUUCCUUCAACGGUACCAAAAUGAUGACCGUACAAUACGAAUGGAAUUUCCAUUCUCUGGGAAUCCCCUGCCAUUUAUGAAUUCGAAUUCGAAUUCGGGACGUCCCCUGGGUUGA